AUGAAGCUGGCCAGCAGCCUGGGCGACGUGCUGGCCAACUGCAGCAGCAGGAAGGCGGACAAGGAGUGCAUACAGCAGGUGAAGGGCAUCCUGAGCGAGAAGAACAAAAAAAGGGAGGAGCAAACCAAGGAGCUGUUCGAAUUUUUGGGCAGCGUCAUUUACCAAGACCUCGAAAGAGACAUUUUAAAAAUAAGCAUCUCCACCUUGGAGGAGAAGAAAAAAAAAAUUCUUUUCAACAAUUUGAGGAAGCUCUUUAAAAUUUUAGUCCCCUUUGAGCAGGAAAAUGGCUACCUGGAGGUCCUCUGCGACUUUCUCUUCUACUUGUUUAAGUACAUGCGCAGGGUCAACGUGAAGAAGUGUUACAAGGUGGUGAGGAAGGUGACCAGCGUGGGGGUCGCCCCGUCCGAUGAUGCAAAUAAGGCGGAUGAUGCGAGUGGUGGUAAGGGUGGUAAGGCAGACCAGGGUGAGCUGCCUUGCCAGAUGAGGGGAAGCCCCUUCCGCGUGAUGCCCUUCCUGCUCAGGAGCAACAUCCUCAUCUACCUGGAAGUGCUAAAGAGAGAAGACAGCAAAAACCUGCUGCAGGACGAGCACUACUUCUACCAAAGCGUGAAGAACACCAUGAUGAAUAAGAAGUACAUAGUAGCCUUGAGCCAAGUCGUGGGCAACGUCGUGACCAGCUUUCCAAAUUUCCCCCUUUUCAUGGAAACAGCGUUUAAUCUGUUCCUCUACGUGCGAAAUGGGUUGCUUCCCUUUUUCCUAAAGAAUUUCUACAAAAGGGUCACAGAUUUGUUCCAGCUAAAGGGGAAAGAAAUGAACACAAAGUUUACGGUGAAGAAGUAUUACGGGCUUCUGUUCUACGUGUACCUGCUCUACAAAUUGAAAAUCAUCACCUUUUUACAUUUAAACCCUAAUACGACGGGUGGCUUGCUAAAUGAUUCCGUUCAGUUGAGCACCAUCUUGGAUUUAUACUCCCACCUUUUGAGGGACUAUAAAAACGUCCUCCACUUCUGCUUCUCCGUUAUAAGCAACAAGAGAAACAACAAGACGGUUAUGAACACCUUUUGCUUGGCCACCAUCUAUUUGGUAAAUCUGCUCCAUUCGAACCACCACGAUAUUAUGGACGUCUUCCCAGAAAGUGCACAGAAUAACUCUCCUCUGUUUAAGAAAUAUAGGGAUGUGUUUUCCAUGUACCGCCGAGUGUUCGACGCGCUGUUCAGGCUGGGUGAAGACCCUCUGUUUAGUCUGCCAAAGGUGAAGCUCACCGUGCUUUGCAAUAUCUCCUCGGGCAGGUUCCACAAUCAUUUCGUGUCCAAAAGGGAGAAGCAGCGGAAGGAGAAGUGGGCGCACAGGCAGAGCUACGCCACCAAGGAGGGGCAAACGAGGGAGGCGCAAACGAGAGAGGGACAUAACGCCAAUGCACAUAAUGCAGAACAGAAUAAGGCGACCCCUUACAGCACGAAUCGCCCCAGAGAAGCCAACAAUUUGAUCGCCGAGUGGCUGGCGAAGAAGAAGGGCCACAUGAGCAAACACGAACUGGUGCAGCUGACCUAUAGGACCGUCACCGAGCAUGACUACUUCUGCUUCGUCGUUUUCUCCUUCCUGUAUAUGCUCACGAGAAGGUUUAUAAAAAUGUUUGACUUCUCCCCCGUCCUGCACGAGAUUGUUUUUUACAAGUCCUUCCGAAUUGGAGAGAUCAUCAUGGAGGCUUCCACUGCGACGAGCAAACAGAGCGACAGGAGCAUUUUGCCUGCACAGAAAAUCCCAAGCACGGGACUCUCCAACGUCCUCUACAGCAACGCCUUUCUAAAUUUACUUAAAGAUAAACUGUGCCUUUACCUUAACAUCGAUGGGAACAUACUGAAUCUCUUUUUCAUGAAUGAGCUGUACAAGUUUGUUAACAACAGGGACUUGAAUUACAAGAAUCUGCGCUACCUGCUGGCCCACGACACGGGCGCCAAGUACCACCGGAUGAACGUGCUGCUGCUGCUGCAGAAGAUUGCCCUGCGCAAUGUGCUCAGGCACGCCCUCUCGCUGGGCGGUGAGGAGAGCGGCGAGGAAAGCGGUGAGAAGAGCGGCGAGAAGAGCGGCACGAACAGCGGCGAGAACAUCGGUGAGGGUAAUCGCGGCGAGGGUAAUCAGGGCAACCAGCUGGCCCUCCUCUUCGCCAAGCAAAACAAAAAGCUGAAAACGCUCGGCAUCAACGAGUUCGCCCUGGGCACCAAGGAACUCAAGGCCGCUGCCGAGAAGAAGGAAGAAAACACCUUCACCAUUUUAAAGAGCAUCCAUUUUGUGGACAUCUCCGGCGGCGCGCAGAAGAAGAAAAACCUCCAGUUUGACAUGAACAUAAUUAACAUCGCCGUGGAUCAGCUAACCAGGGAAAGUUUCACCACAUUAAAAUCGCUAAUCGCACUGCAAAAUAAGAAAAAGGAUCAAACCAAAAUGUACCGCAAAAAUUUGCGCUCCCUUGAAGUUUUACUUAAAUCCACGUACAAUUUUGUAAACGCAUUUUUGACCAUAAUUCACCUGACCAAGUCAGGUGAAAAAUGCAUACUCUGUUGUAACGGAAAAAGGCAACACAUUUUGUGCACACAAAAUUAUUACGAGAAAGUUAAGAAUAAGAAGAAGAAGAUAAAGACAACGGAAAGGGAAGUAUCCCUACAGUUUGAGCCAACGUUUGGCAAAAAAUGUGCCAAAAGAAACAACUUCCUAGUCGUAAAAAAAAUUAUUAAAUUCUGUGUUUCGAUCAUGAAGGGAAAAAAAAACACCACUGAGGAGGAGCAGAAGCGACAAGAUUGUAACCUUCAAACGGUGGAACUAGCCAAAAUUGUCUUUUUUCUCUUUAACCUUUUGAUAUUUCACAUGACACAUACGUUAGGCAAUGCGCUGCAAAAAAAAAACAGCGACUCCAGGGUGAACAGGAAGAAGCUCCAGAAAAGGUAUCGACAGAUUUUCCAGGACGCGAACGCUCUGGUCAAACUGGCAAAUGCCCACGACAUAGGAGGACCCCUUUCGGACGAGUUAAAAAAACAGAUGGUCGUUUUCUCGAAGAAUUACGUGCCCAUAAGCAAGUUGCUCAGCUGCAGUGCGUACAAAAAUGAGUUUUUACUUUUCGCGACGCACAGCUUCCUGCCCGCCAACAGGAGGAAGGGCUUGAAGUUUUCGAGGCGCAUGCACAGGCUGUUGAAGGGGGUGACCCCGCGGGAUAUGCUCGAGGGGGGAGCGCCGGAAGGUGGCGUAGAAAGUGAAGAAGAUGGUGGGCAAACGGAUCACCAAACGGAUGGUCAAACUGACGUCCAAACGGAUGUCCAAACGGAUGGCCAAACGGAUGGCCAAACGGAUGGUCAAACGGAUGGUCAAACGGAUGGUCAAACGGAUCUCCAAACUGACGGGCAAACGGAUGGUCAAACUGACGGCCAAACUGACGGCCAAACUGACGGCCAAACUGACGGCCAAACUGACGGCCAAACUGAAGGCCAAACUGACGGCCAAACGGACGGCCAAACGAACGACCCGGACGAGGAGCGAGACGGCCAAAGCGACAUCGUCGUGACGAACAACUUCCUGCUGGACAUGCUGACGGAGGACCCCAAAAAGGAGGAGAAAAAAAAGAAGCAGAAAAGCGGAGACCUGGCGGAGAAAAAAAAACGCACAGACCUGUUUCACGACGUCACGUACCUGCUGAAGCACCUGAAGGGGAACUUGAAGGACCAGAGUGCCGAGGACACCGUGAGGACGCUGUGCUACGUGGCGCUCUCCCUGGCGGUUAUCUCGCGCAAGGUGAAAAUGAGUGUGCGCUUGGGGGAGCACUUCGGCGAGGGUAGCGGCGAGGAAGGCAGCUUUGAGGGUAGCGGGGAAGGAAGCGGUGAAGAGAGCACCGAUGAAGAGGAUGACCAAGCCGUUGGAGAAGCCCCCGAGGAAGACGCUGAAGAAGCCGUUGGAGAAGCACCUGAGGAAAACGCUGAAGAAGACGCUGGCGAAACCGGUGCAGCCCAGCCCAGCGGGGACAGCGCGGCCCCCCCCCAAUCGCGGCCCGCCAUGUACGCAGCGGACCUGCGCGCCCUGGACAAACAAAUCAAGCACAUCCUGAUGAGCUUCAAAGUGAAGAAAGAAAUUGUAGCGCAAGACAAAAACAAACUGAUCGAACUAGUGAAAAACGGCGUCGUAAAAAUUGUGAAGAUAAUUGUAAAGGAAACAAAAAACACAGAGCUUUUAAAAGUUCUGAUAAAAUGUUUGGAGCAUUACAACAUGAUAGAAAGUAGAGUAACCCGUAAAAGCCACGUAGUAAUUAAUUACGUACUCGAGUUUUUAAAAAUCAUUUUUUUCUUUCCCCAAUUGAGAAACUGCUAUUCAAGAUACUUAAGCAUAUUUUUCAAAAGCGCCUUUGUACGGUACUUAAAUAUCAGCGAGCUUUUUAACGGAAUGUACAAGAAGCAUUUUGCAAAUAUCAUUAAAAAAUUUGCGUCCGAUUUUGAUGUCACUUUUUACCUGAACAGUCAGGUAAAAACUGAAGUUAUCCAAUUAGAGGAAAGGGAAUUUAUUUCAAGACAAAUUAUGGCUAUUUUCAAAGAUUGCAAAAAAAAAAAAGUGAAUAGAAUUAUGCGUGAUGAUAUUUGCAAUGAUUAUAUUUCCAACGUACUACGUCAAGGUAAUGCGAAUGAAAAGGGUCUUCUGAACACGUUUAGCUUAAAUGAAUUGUCCCACCUCGUUCAUCACAUUUGCCUAUACCUGAACAGCAUAUUGACGAGCAACAAUGCAUACCUAUUUAACAAAAAGGUGACGCUGAAUUUGUUGGGAUUACUAAAAAAGGUUAAGGCCAUUACGCACAUGCAGGGGGAUCAUAACUUGCUCCUUUUUAAGGACCAGCUGGAGCACACACACAUGGAAGAAGUUCGGAAGUUUUGUGCUCUCCUGGAUGAACGCAUAGAUAGCCAGGACAUACAAAUUAACAUUAACGACUUUCACAAAAGGCUUACGAGCAUUUUGCAGGACGGGGCGCGGCCCGGCGGGGUGAAGCGGCCAAAUGGGGCGGAGGCCCUGCCGGGGGGGAAGCGCCAGCGAAGGGGUUAA